UCAUAAAAUAAAACUUUUCAUGUACAACCUUCAUUUUAGCGAGAAAUACGAACAGUAUGAUUGCUUGAAAAUAAUUCCAUGUGAUGAGCGACAAGCAGGGUGCUGCUAAAACUAAGGUUACUCAGGAAAAGAGUGAACGAAACCAUGACAAAUCCGAUCGUAGCGUUUCAGAAAAUUAUAGAUCCAACUUGAAGGAAACUUCUGCCCGAGAAGUCCAGUCCAAGACGGAAACCGAAAUUAAAUCAAAAACUUAUGAGAAAAAAGAAUACCCUAAAUAUCCCAUAAAAGGGAAAAGUCCAACAAAAAAUGGUACAUUUAUGAAACCGAGAAGAGAAGAAGAUCGUAAUUAUAACGCAAAUGCAAAAUCGACAAGGAGACCUGUGGAUUCCAAGUUCAUGGGUGCCAGUUCUGUUGGUAGUGCAUCUCCAUCAAUUGCACAUCAGGAUAAAAAGCAAACAGAUCCCAACAAGACGUUCAGUGAUGAGACUCGCCUGUCUAAACUCAUGCGUCGCGUUCUCCGAGACAGUGACAAGGAGAGGAGAAUCAACGCAACCAAACAGCUGAAGGAUUUCAUACACUCGGCAGAGGGUGCAAAGACUGCUCAGAAAGCAGCUGAUGAUGUAUUGGCUGCCUUGCAGUCCGUCCUCUUUGAAAGGACAUGUGGAGACGUCAAGCAGGAGGUGGCUCUGUGUAUUGGUGUCGUUGGAAGCACCAUGGUUCAAGACAUGCAGAGCUAUUUUACUUGGAUCUUCACCCAGAUUGAAACGGUCAUGGAUGAUGAAACAAAGGGACUCUAUUUGUUGGCACUAGCAGAGACGUUGAAAUGUGAUGAGAAGAAGCAGAAUGCUGCAGACCUCAUGGAUAUGGUGAUGGAGAAAGUUCAGACAAUGUUGGAGAACGCUGACACCCCCGAACUUCUCAUCUCUGUAGUGGGCGCCAUACAGUACAUAGCAAAAAAACACCCUCAUGUCUUCAACAUUCACUUCAGGGACACUGUGGAUAUCCUGGUUGGCUGGCACAUCGAUGCUACUCAGAAGGAGGAUCUCAUCAAGUACGUGUCGAUGGCGCUUGUCACAUUCCAUCCUUUCUGGACGAACAACCUGCAGUUCUCUCUCACACUGCUCGGACAGUUCCUAGAAGACAUGGAGGCAUAUGCUGAGGAUUUGAAUGUGACUAAUCACCAUGGUAGCGGCGAGGAGGAAGCAUUGAUGAUACAGGAAUGUAUAACAAAGAUCAGUGCAUUGCUGCGAGUGUUCACCACGGUCAUUCAGAGCCUGGGCGAGAGCUUCUCACCCACCAAGGGACACAACUCCAAGGAAUACGUUUGUGAAGUGAUGGAGAAAAUUGUCAGAAUAGUGGACACAUCAACCAAAUAUGUCUACUCAGAACAUGUACUAAUUGCUGGAAACACGUGCCUGUCGAUGUUGCUGACACACCUUCAGAUGAGUGUGAUCUCGGUGUGUGAUGUGCUGCUGCCGUUUAUCAUCAUGCAGGUCACCCUGACGCGACUGAUGCCCAAACAACUGCUCCUGUCGGUGUUCAGUUUCAUUGUCAAGAUUGUGGAAUCAUUUGAUAUCCAUCUGCCUGUCAGUUUCAUUUCCCAGCUGAUGGCACCAGGAUCCGUUAUACAGACAAGUAGAUUCUCACAUUCUGGAGAGGUACUGAAUCAGUUGAUGCAAGUCUAUCAUAAUAUCCUGGGACUGAAGAGUGUGUCACUACUAGAAGAAGCUUAUAGGCUAAUUCUGUGUGACAUCCAGGUUGCAUACAACACGGUGCUGUGUGAUGGGGACAGUCGGUCGGUUCUAGAGUUGGUGAAAGAGACCGAUAACACGUUCCGCGAAGUCAAGUACAGCAAGAGACAGGCCGAGACGACCUUCAUCUUCAACAUCUGUGCCCUGUCCGAGCUGGCCAACACAAAGAGUAACGUCAUAGGGAUGUGGGCUCUGUCUCCAAGCGUGUUCGACCUGCUCAGCCAGCGACUCCAGCUGACGAACCUGUGGAUCGCUCAGUGCUACCCGGCCAUACAGUACAGCAUUGUCCAGGCCCUCUACUCACACUGCUGCAGACAUGGUAAUUUUGUGUCGAGCAGUUCUUUGUUGACAAGCGCUGUUGCUCCCGACAGUCCGAGCAUGUCUACGAUGAGUCAGCUGACCCGCAGUCACUUCACGCAGGUCCUACACCUCACAGAACAGCUGCUGUCAGAGACUAAGGUCUCCUACGAUGUCAGGUGUUUGGUGCUCAAGUGGAUUUCUGAAAUAAUUGUCAACUUGCAGACCACUCCACAUGUGUACAUGAGUUCAGCAUUUCUCAGUCUGAUGCAGGCUCUCGUUCAACAAGGAUUCCACCAUGAGCAGCCAGUGUUCAUUGCAGCCAGUCAGUGCCUGACAAGCUUAUUCAAGACCACUCUAGCGUUUCCAAAGCGCAUUGUCAAAAUAUGUUUGGAAGUUUGUGCAUUCCGGCUGACCGAUACCAGAAGGGUCGUGCGUGAAGCGUAUGGGAACCUGCUCAAGUUGCUUCCCUUGGAUGGUGUGGCCAGCAGCAGCCUGGUGUUUGAGGCGGAGGAGGACGGACUGGCCAGUCAGCGCCGUGACAAGGCGGCCGGGAUGAAGAUGGCCUGGCUGGCUCGCAGGAACCACAUCGGAAAACCCUCCAUGGGAACCUUCCACUCACACAACUUCAGACAUGUCAUGGCGUUCAUACUCAAUGGAACUCCACCCAGCCAAAAUGGUUGUUUUCACUGGCUUGAGGCUAUGUUUCACAGCUGUCAGAGAUCUGAGAAAGAUGUCGACAAAAGCUUGGAUACUGUCACACUGUCUGAUGUGAUUGAUGGGAACCAGUCUCUGCUCUGGUUCUGGACCACCUGGGAGAGUGCCCAGUUCUGCGUUCUCGCCCGACUACGCACGCCGCUCGGAAAACCGCAGGAGACUUUCAUGACCAUCGAGAGUGUCCUCAAGUCGUUUGCAUCGGAGGUCAAAGGUCAUUCCGAGUCUGAGGAUGAUCCUUCUACACCAGAAAAUACUAAGAGGGACGAUAAGCCAGGGGAGUACAGCACACUGCGUCGCAUCCACCUGUUACUGCAAUUCAUGGAGCAUCUCGAGAAGCUACUCUACAACGCGUACGAGGGCUGUGCUGUAGCCAUGCCCGUCUACCCUAAAACUGUACGUACAUUUUUUCGCACCAACCGGAACACGUGUCAGGAGUGGCUGGCUCGCAUCAGGAUGUGUGUCGUAAAGAUUGCAGUCCAAGCUGGGAUCUACCCUGUCGCUGUGAGACACGCAUUCGAACUGCUCAAAGAAAUGCAUGAAAAUGACGCCACUCAGGGGCCAGAGUUUGAACAGGCUGUGGUAUUGUUGGUGCAGUCUCUCACCCAGCUGAGAAGCCCGGAGAGUAUUAUGGGUAUCUACAACUGGUGUCGUGACACAGCAGGUCACAAACUGCCCUGGGUCAAGGCUGCAGCGGAAAAGGCACACAGACGCUACGAGGUUGCGGCCCGCGAGUUCAAGUCCCUGUUGCGACUGACCGUGGACGAGGAGGAUGACCGGCUGAUGAGUGACUCGUCAUCCUGCUCAUCGUCCGAGGGAAGUCCAAGUCCAGAUAAUCGACACGUCAGGAAAUCAGCUCUCGGCAAACUGGGUGUCGACAAGAGUGCAGCAACAGUAUCGUUCAUAGCAAAUGAGGUGACUGACUGCUACAUGCAGCUGAGUGACUGGACAUCGGUGAUCGAGUGGCAGGAAGCGCUUCAUACGUAUCGCACGGAGAACCCGCUCAACUCUAUUCACAAGGCCUUCUCCACCAGCGUCGACCUCAACUACAUUAAGGCACUCUCUCACUUUGAUUCUGGAGAGUUGAACGGAGUGCGUGACUGCCUGGAGCUGGUGCCGGGAGCCUCCCUGAGUGAGUCGAGCAAGUACGAGUCAGUGUCGAGUCCGAGCUGGAACCCCCACCUGGAGACCGAGCACAUCCACCGCCAGUUCAUCAGAGCAGCGACCAUACUGCAGGAACAGAAGGCAGUGAAUUACAGAUCUGAUGUGAUGAGAUACCUGAGCCAGGCUGAGCGACUGGGUGAAGGUCUGUUACGGAUCAACACGCUCGACUGGCCUCCGUCACUGUCCAGCCAGGUCCUCACAGAACUCAGCACUGUCUCCACACUACACAAACAGCUUGAUGAAAAGAAAGCAAGGACUGUGUUGCUCCCGCUGUCCGACCAACUGUUGGUGGAUGCUGAAGACCAGGAGAUAGGAAUGUACCUACAGACACUCCGACUCAUCAAUCUGCAGAUGCUCAUACCCGGCUGUGACAAGAAAACAGACUUGAACAACCAGAUGUUGCUGACACUGCUGGCUGCAGCCUCGUUGUCCCGCAAACAACAGAAUUUCGAACUGGCCGAAGACCUACUCAUCAAACAGGUGACAACCCUGAUGAAGAACCACGUGGAAAAUGGCUGGAUCAACGCACCCAACGACCUUGUGCCUGCUUUGUCUAGUCUCAGAGCAGCCAACGGCGGCAUCGACCAGUACGACGUUCUGAAAAUAGAGCGGGAGAGUGCGAAACUCCUCCACGAUAUCAGCCAGUACAAGGACUCCAUCGAGGUGCUUAGCAACAGCAUUGUGAGCAGUCUGCUGCUCGGUGACCUUCACAAGGUCAAGAAGACAUCUGCUACGGGGUGUGGCGAGCUGUGUGCGCAGUCGCUGGUGACGCUGGUCAAGUGGCUGCAGACAGAUCAGAAACUGCUGGGAAACAUCACCAGUCAGGUGCGUCAGACCGGGCAAGGGGAUGGGGCCGGUGCGUCGUCCAUUGUGAGGAACCUGAAGCUGUUGCUGGAGUCGGAGGAGAAAGGAGCUAAGAAAGGGUUCGGAAUUACUCUGGAUGAUAAGGAUCAAGUAUUGAAGAUAGGUGAAAACCCGAAUCUGUCCGACAGUGACAGUAUUGUGGGAUGUCUGCUCCACCUGGCCACCAUGCAGUGUCCGUCAAUGUCAAAGUCGUGGUUCGUUCUCUCCGGAUGGUGUUACAAGUGGGGACGCAAGGCAGUCGAUAAUGCCAGCCAUGGAAGUGUGGAAUUAUUGGCAGGGGAGAAAACUCAGAUCAAGUCCAUUAUUCCCAAGGGUGUGGGACAGGAAGAAAUAGAAAGAGUGUUCACUGUUCUUAGUCAGAUCCACAGCCCACUGUCAAGUGAGGAGGACAUCAGUGAUCAAGACCAGAGUCUGUACGAUGAUGGCACGGAGACAACGAGAAAGCAGCUGAUAUCGUCCUGUCUGUGUCUGCACAACGCCAGCAAUGACUGUAUUGACCAGCUGCUGGGGGUGUGGCAGGGUGUGGUGCGCCGAGUCUACCACUACUACCAGCUCUCCGCGCAGGCCUACUUCACUUUCCUGCAGCUCAACGGCAAGGGUGAAGAAUGUGACAGUUCUGACAGUAACAUCAUUGCCACUCUGAGAUUGCUGCGACUUCUCGUGAAACAUGCCUGGGAACUGCGAGACGUACUUGAGACUGGACUGGCUAAAACACCCACAACACCUUGGAAAGGUAUCAUUCCUCAAUUGUUUUCACGGCUCAGUCAUCCGGAGAGUUACGUUCGGCAGAGCGUGUCUGAUCUCCUGUGCCGUGUCGCACAUGACGUUCCGCACCUUAUAGUUUACCCUGCUGUCGUAGGAAGUUCCACGACCGUCAUGGAAGCCAAAGUGUCCAACCAAAGUGGUUUGCUGAGAGAUUACCUGUCCCAGGGGGCCGAGGAUCUCGAUGAGGAGGGGGUGUCGCAGAUAGAUGAUGAAGCUGAGGAUGGUAACCUUGAUGACCACGGCUCGACAAUGUUACAGACCUGUCUGAUGUCCAUCGUGGACACGCUGUCACAGGAAAACCCUAAGAUGAUCUCGGAGGUUCAGCAGAUGGUUCAGGAACUGCGGCGGAUCACUCUGCUGUGGGACGAGUUGUGGCUGGGCACAUUGAACCAGCAGCACGCCGACGUGAUGAGGGCGAUUGCACAGCUCGACAACGAGGUGAAGAAGGUCAACAACAACAGCCUCCUGUCGAAAGAAGACAAGAUAGCCAUCAUCCGCGAGAAACACAGGACCGUCAUGAAACCGACUGUGUACACCAUUGAGCGUCUACAUGAAAUAACAUCACAGCCAGCAGAGACACCUCACGAAAAGUGGUUUCAGACCACGUACGGACAGCUCAUUGAGAACGCCCUGGAGAGACUGCUAAACCCGAGCAACCCCUCACACCCUCACGCCAGCUGGCAGCUUUUCAAACAGAUUCACCUGAGUCUGCAGCAGAGAGCCCAGAAGAGGAACAGUCUUCAUCUGAAGAUGGAGGACAUCAGCCCCAGGCUGGCUGAACUGCGCGCCUCCGUGAUCCCCAUGCCAGGACUCGGAGUGUCAGGACAGACUGUUACUAUUGAGUCAGUGUCCAGCUCAGCGCAGAUUCUGCCGACCAAGACGAAACCAAAGAAACUUGUACUCAUAGGCUCAGAUGGAAGACGACACCCAUACCUCUUCAAGGGACUUGAGGAUCUUCAUCUGGAUGAGAGAAUUAUGCAGUUUCUCUCCAUCGUCAACAACAUGUUCACAACUGCCAGCAAAGGUAACCGCCAGCUGUACAAAGCGCGGCACUACUCGGUGACACCUCUGGGUCCGAGGUCCGGCCUCAUCCAGUGGGUGGAAGGUGCCACGCCUCUGUUCGGUCUCUACAAGAAGUGGCAGCAGAGAGAAGCUGUGGCUCAGGCACUCAAGCAACUUAGUGCUGGAACAAGCAGUCAGGGCAGCACAGCGCCGCCAAACCAACCGAACAUCCCACGACCCAGUGAGGUGUACUACAGCAAACUGACUCCAGCUCUCAAGGAAAAGGGGAUUGAGACGCUGGAUAACCGGAAGGAAUGGCCGCUCUCUGUUCUCAUCAAGGUUCUCAAGGAACUCAUUUCUGAGACACCUAAUGAUCUUCUGGCGAGAGAGCUGUGGUGUGCGAGUUCUGGGGCCAGCGAGUGGUGGCAGAUCACACAGAACUAUGCACGAUCCACUGCCGUCAUGUCCAUGAUCGGGUACAUCAUCGGGCUCGGAGAUCGGCAUCUCGACAACGUGCUCGUCGACUUGGCCACGGGAGAGGUUGUUCACAUCGACUACAAUGUGUGCUUUGAGAAAGGGAAGAGUCUCCGUGUUCCAGAAAGAGUCCCUUUCAGAAUGACCCAGAAUUUGGAGGCAGCUCUGGGAGUUACUGGUGUGGAGGGCACUUUCCGGACAGCGUGUGAACAUGUUAUAAAAACAAUGAGAAAAGGUAGAGAGACUUUACUGACAUUGCUGGAAGCGUUUGUGUAUGACCCGUUGGUGGACUGGACGACGGGUAACGAGGGAGGCUACACCGGUGCAUUCUAUGGCGGAGGGAUGACGGUGUCGCUGGCACCGGGGGACAAGCGGAAGAGCAAGAAGGAGAUGGAGAGGGAGAUCACACGAAGCAUGUUCAUGAUCCGCGUGGCUGAGAUGAAAACAGCGUGGGUUAAAAACAAAGAUGAAAUUUUAACUGCCAUACCUCAGCUGACAGAAGGUGUGACAGCUUGGUUACAGUCAUCGGAGCACCUGGUUUCUCACCUGACGAGUAUCGACAGCUACAAGUCUCUGGAGGGCAUGUUGAAGGAAGCCGUAGCCCAGCCCAGUCAUCACCUGUACUCACUGCAGGCGAGAUAUAACGAGUACUCUGUGGUGAAAGCGACUAAGGAUACGGCACAGAGCGCAGUGGAAGAAAAAAUCAACGAGUUCAGCAACUGGCAAAAGAGGCACCAGAUUGUCAUAGAAACCAUACAAGGCCACGCCUUCCAGCAGCUGUGUUUGGAUAUUGGUAAACCUCUUGAUCUUGGUUCGGCGAGCUUCUCGGCAGCGACAGACUUCUUACAUGGGGCCGGACAAGGUCAGAUUGUCACUCAGUGUGAGCAACUUGAAGCCGAGAUGAGCAGCUACAUCCAACAGAGGAGAGCUCUGCUGCGAAACACGGUGGAGAUCCUACACAGUUACAGCACAAUCGUUACACAGUUUGGCAGUAUUUUUGCCAAUGACACAAGGACUUCCCAGUAUCUACAAUGGUUGCAGGAACUCAUUUGUGAUUUCACUACAGACAAGUGUAAUGAAAUAGUCUCCAGAUGCCAUGAGAAGUAUGGUGGGUUGAAGCCCCAGAGCACCAAGGUUCAAGCCAUCCUAAACACAGAGAGCCGACUGCAGACGAUCAUCACUGAUGUUAACGGAAAACUCAUCAAGCUGCUAGAGAGACGAUCCCAGGACACUGUUGAGACGACAUUGUUGGAGAAACAGCUUCAUGAAGCCGAGGCAUCCAUACACAACUUCAUCAACGAGAAUGGCACAUCGGGCGUGAGCAGUCUGACGUGUGUGAUUGUGUCUGCUCUGUGUUCUCUCAACAAGAGAUACAUCAUGAUGGAAGGAGCCGCAGCUGGAGCUGGUGAUCGUCUUCUAGACCUGACGUCGCGUGAUGGUGACUGGUUCCUGGAUGAACUGUGCAGUGUGAGCGGCAACGUCAACAUGUUUCUCGACACCCUCAAACACAACACACAGGCUGGAGAUAUCAUCAAUUUCUGUGAACUGCACCAUGCAUUGAACUCUACAAACAAUGCAUAUUUGGCACUGCAGGACCUACAUUUGAAUUUCCGUAACAUCAUAUUACCUGAAGCAUUAAAGCUGAUCCAGUCACAGGAACCCAGUCUGUUGAAUGCUCUCUCUGACUUGGAGAGUAUGAUAGGGGAGGUAAUGCAGCCACUGGACUCACUGAUUGGCCAGGUGGAUGUACUACACAGAAAUGCUGUCAUGGGAAUAGAGAAUGAAUCGAGUGAGGUGAUAGCCAUGGUUCACAAGAUGCAGAGCCACUUCUCGCGGAUGCUGCAGGGUCCGGACCCGGAGUGUUCAAGCCUCAGCCCGGGACAGAUGUUACUGAUGGGCUUCAACGGACUGUUCACACGGCUCGAGGACGAGUUCACACACCUGCUGGAGGCCAUGGACGCCGUUCAGAUCCCCGACGCCUGGAAGAAGGUGGACGCCGUCCGAGAGGCCAAGGCCAUGCAGUUAUCUCCCUUCACACUGAACACAAGAGGGAUGCUCAAUGCUUUAUUCUUUCUCAAGAGAAUUCAGGCUAUGCAGGAUUUCUUCCACAUGGUCACACAGUUUGCCGCAGCUCUGCAGGGACUUGAUGGGGGAAUGAGUUUUGAUGACGAGCAGAUGGCGAAACCUGUCAAGAGAUUUAUUGCUGAAUAUGUCAGAAAACAGAUGAUAGGCUUUCCCUCCCAGAUCCUCGGCUACAUCCUGUGUGUGUUCAUCGACAUGCUGGGUCUGAACGUGACGGCCGAGAUAGAGCUGAAGGACGUGGGCGCGCAGUCGAAGGUCCCCAUGGACGACCUGUGUAAGAAGGCCGUCGACCACUGUCUGCGUACCAACCAGUUUCAGCACCACCAGCUCACACAGGCCACCUCCCUCAUGGGCCUUCUCGACACCGGCUGGCGCAAGCACGAUCUCGCCAGUCGUCUGGACAGCAACAUCAGCAUGAUGAAGACAUGUCUGCAGAGAAACCAGCCGCAGGUGGCGCGCUUCCAGUGGCUACACGAAGAUCUCUUCGUCCAGGCCGGCCGACACCACAACCAGUUCGUCACGCCAAACAGGGCCACCGUCAUGCCAGAGAUGAGGAAGGCAACCCAGAAUUUGUUGAACCAAGAUGGUGGGCUGGCAUCGUGCCAAGAGCAUUACACUCAACAGGAAAUAAGCGUCGCUCAGCGUCUUCGCUGGGCGGCAGGAGCCAACCCGACUUUGAACUUCGUUUUACAGCAGUUUGAAGAAGCAUCUUCCUACAGAAAAGCAGUUAUUGUGGAAGAGACUAAGCGAUUCAGUGAAGUGGUCAGUCUCUGUCAAGGUAUUCUACAUUUUGAGGCCCUACGAACCCGGACUCCAGAAGCGAUCUCUUCUGAUAACAACUUCCUCACCCUCAUUAACAGGUGCAAUGAAUGCUGUAUGUUGAUGGAAUCUACCAGCAGUACCGUGUCAGACCUAGAAAUUCAGCUGAUGAGCAUUAAGUCGCCUGCCAAGGGUGAGUCUAUUGACAAGUCGUGGCUGAACAACAUCCUGACUAAGAUAAGCGUGGAUAUCGCGGACAUGGAGAAUAAGACAACACAGAUAAACAACGAACUCGACAAGCACAGGAGUACAAUUCAGGAGAAGGUGUCCAACAUCAAAACCAUUCUGACCGCUCAUCACAAGCUGAUGUCCGACAUUCGAACAAUACUCAAGUCAAUGGCCAAGCAAGAGGAGCAGGACUUUGGUGAUGAGAUUGUUCCCGAUGGUAUCCGCGACUACCUGGCUCUGUACAAGAGUUUCUCGGAGAACGUGACGACGGCACUGAAAUCAGUGCUGACCGAGGAGGUCGUUAAGGAGACGAUGCUGGAGGCGCUGGACAUGCUGCGUGACAUCAUGAAGCAGAUUCCACAAAUCUACAACAACUUGAUAGAAUUUGCACCUCCCCUUCUGACUACUUCCGAGGAACCAGAUGUUAACAACGCACAUAAUGACUUUGUUCAGUCCUUGAAGGGUCCGAGCGAGCGAGAAUCUUCGAGUCCAGCGCGGAAGAUAUCGAGUCUACACCGAGAGCUGACGACCGGAACUCCACCCAACAGUCCUCAGACAGGGACUGGCUUCAAGGGUCAGAGCACUCCAGCAAAGAAAGAAAAAGUUUCACGAGAUCCCAGAACAGGCAAAGCUGUUCAAGAACGAAACACGUAUGCUGUCGGGGUCUGGCGCAGAGUGAAGAUGAAGUUAGAUGGGCGUGACCCUGACCUUAAUAAGAGGAUGUCUGUUGCAGAACAGGUUGACUAUGUAAUUAAAGAUGCCAGUCAUCUCGACAACCUGGCUGUUCUGUACGAAGGCUGGACUCCGUGGGUGUGAUUACGCGACAGACCUCGCCUGUCUAGGCUCGACAAAAAUCACGAAAAAUCGCUUGCAGAAAACCUCGCGUACUCUCCAAUCUGUGCAUGACUGCACACACACACAAUGUGUCGGCCAGCUGUGACUGACAUCGCAUCAUCCGACGAUAUUCUCCGAAGAGGAGGCGCACUCAGCCAGCCCAGUAUGCAAAGUUAAUCAACACAGCUCUCUGGCCCCGCCGGCGGGCCAUUCAAAAAAAAAGAGAGUGAUUGCUUUUGUGUUAAGGCUCGUUAGUGUCUUUAAAGGAAUUAUACACACUGUCUUGAUAUUCAAAUACAAACAAAAACAAGGUCAAUCGUGUGUCAAAAUGGACAAGUAAAAGCAUAAAGAAUACACACGUAAAAUAAUUUUAAAAUCUACGACUUGUAAGCAAAAUAACGAUGUAGCUAAAGUGAGUAUGUAAUUGUAGAUUUUACGGAAUGGAGUACAUUCCGCAGUAGCAACACCAGAAGAAAUGGACAUCUGUAAAAUGUGACCAAAAUGGAAGUGGUGAAAGAAGUAUAUAUAUAAAUAUAUAUAUAUAUAUAUAUUUUGUCUGUUCAUGCAUAUUAGCUAGGUAAUGUGAAUCACUAAUUGCCACCAAAAAAAAAAUGUGUUAUUGUAUAUGCUGAUAACUGUAUAUAUUGAAGCAAUAGACUUAAUGAAUUUUGAUGUUGUUGGUACAUGAAUAUGUUUGUGGAUUUAUUUCCAUAAACAAUGACGAAACAUACAGCAAGCUUCGGAAGUGAGGGACGUAUUUAGAUUGUUAAGUGAAAUAAAGCAUAUUUAUCUUGAUUAGAAACUGCCCACCAGCAGAUAAGGUGAAUAUUAACCUGCUUUGUGUAAGGUGGCAAGUCACUUGCAUUUGAAUACAUGGUAACACCUUCCAUGCUGAGUCACAUUGUCAGUACAUUUAUCAUCGAUUAGUACAGAAUGAGUAAUCUGGAUAGGCACUGCAGGGCUCUGUGUGAAAUGUAACACAGGAAGGUUUGACAGUUGACCUGACCUCUGACAUCAAUGCAUUUCCAUAUCUUAUGAGCUGGUCCCAACAUCCCAGUAGCCAAUCAAAUGAACUGUUAUAUCAGUGCAUUUCCACAUCUCAUGAACUAGUCCCAACAUCCCAGUAGCCAAUCGAAUGAACUGGUAUAUCAAUGCAUUUCCACAUCUCAUGGACUAGUCCCAACAUCCUUAAUAGCCAAUCGAAUGACCUGUUACAUCAAUGCAUUUCCUAAUCUCAUGGACUAGUCCCACAUCCUUAAUAGCCAAUCAAAUGACCUGUUAUAUCAGUGCAUUUCCACAUCUCAUUGACUAGUCCCAACAUCACAAUAGCCAAUCGAAUGACCUAUUACAUCGAUGCAUUUCCACAUCUCGUGGACUAGUCCCAACAUCCCAGUAGCCAGUCGAAUGAACUGUUAUAUCAAUGCAUUUUCACAUCUGAUGGACUAGUCCCAACAUCCUUAAUAGCCAAUCAAAUGACCUGUUAUAUCAGUGCAUUUUGACAUCUCAUGAACUAGUCCCAACAUCCCAGUAGCCAAUCGAAUGAGCUGUUAUAUCAAUACAUUUCCACAUCUCAUAGACUAGUCCCAACAUCACAAUAGCCAAUCGAAUGACCUGUUAUAUCAAUGCAUUUCCAUAUCUCAUAGACUAGUCCCAACAUCCCAGUAGCCAAUCGAAUGAACUGUUAUAUCAAUGCAUUUCCACAUCUCAUAGACUAGUCCCAACAUCCCAGUAACCAAUCGAAUGACCUGUUAUAUCAAUGCAUUUCCACAUCUCAUAGACUAGUCCCAACAUCACAAUAGCCAAUCGAAUGACCUGUUAUAUUAGUGCAUUUCCACAUCUCGUGGACUAGGCCCAACAUCCCAUUAGCCAAUCGAAUGGCCUGUUAUAUGAAUGCAUUUCCACAUCUCGUGGAUUAGUCCCAACAUCCCAAUAGCCAAUCGAAUGACCUGUUAUAUUGGUGCAUUUCCACAUCUCUUGGACUAGUCCCAACAUCCCAGCAGCAAGUCGGAUGACUAUAAUCUUCAAGGGGUUAAAGGAUAGUAGUGCUCUGUUUUGAGUUAUUAUCUCGGACCCAGCCAUGCCAGAAACUGGUGCAGGGAUGGACAUGUGUUAACUGUAAUGGCUAAAGGCUUGAUUAAAUUAUUUGAGGUCUGGUGUGCAACAAUAAUUUUAAGCAGGAUGACCCGAUCCAAGCAGUAUUUUAGAAGAGAAUGGAAGAGCAGGUUUAUAGCAAAAGGACAUGGGGUAGAUAUUAAACCAGGUACAGUGAUUUCUAACAGUAAAUUCCUGUUUGCUAAGGUGCCGUGAUUCCUAUGGGUGAUGGUCAUUUGCUAGUAGUUUUCUGCAGUGUCACGGCAAGCUGAAGACCACACGCCUGAAAUGGUGCUAGGAGAGCAAUCACAUUAUGUUUCAAAUAUAAUUUAUUAAAACUUUUCUUUUUUUUUGCAAGGCGAUCGAUUUGCAGUUUACCUAAACCUUUUCAGGCAUGUAUGGAGAGGACCUUGAAUGAUCACUUGCCUUUUCUGGUGAAGUAUUGGAGGAUACAGUGAUUUCUGCAGAUAGAUGGCUCUUUGCUAGGAUACGGUGAUGUCUGUGGGUUGAUGAUUAUUUACUAGGGUAUAGAGGUUUUUGUGAGUAGAUGGUCAUUUGCUAGAAUACAGUGAUAUCUGAAAGUAGGUAGCCCUUUUAGCAAGGAUACGAUUUUUUUUAUUAAGAUACAGUCUGGUGGUGUAAUGGUUAAACCAUCAACCUUACCGUCUGGUAGGUACUCGAGUCCCAUCCUGGUAUGGACUCCAAUCCAUAGUGAAUUUCAGCAUCUCAACAGGGAAGUGCAAGGCAGGUUGAUGAAUUCUCUCUGUUACUAACCUUUAACAACUAAACCCUAUUCUGGUGGAGCAUGUUUGCAGUUGAUUUGGAUAGAAGCAUGAAAAGCAAGUUAAAAAAAUGAAUUGAUGACUGAAAGUGGUGGAAACCAUUGUGGACAAUGGUGUUAUGUUAGUAUUGUAAAAUUCAGGUCUAUUGCUUCAAUAGUUUACAGUUCUUUGCCGAUUACAGACGAUCAGACAUCUUGGUCUGAGCAUCUGCUUUUGGUUAUGGACUUCAAUUCUUUUGUUUGUUUUAAGAAAAAAGAAAGAAAAAACAAGUUCAUGUGUUUGUGUAAAAUUAUUUUGAAAUCUUUUUUGUUAUUAAUUUUGUUUUAUAUAUUCCAACUGUGUAGUUUAGAUGAUAACUUAGAUAUAUUUGCAGAUUUAUGUUGGUUUGUUUAGUGACUUUUAACAGGAUGGUGGUAGUAAAGCAGUUAUUUAGUUAUAUUAUCUGACGUGUUGUUUGCAGUUUCAAAGCCUUCAGGUCUAUUAUAUAUUUCAAGAACAUUUAGUGAUGAAUGUGGCUGAAACAAACAGUUAUAUGUCAAAUGUGUUUACAUUAAAACUAUGUAUAUUAAUCACAGUAACUGUAUUAGUAUUAGUUCUAUUAUCCUUUUGUUAUGUUAUAAAUCAGAAAUUUUGUAAUUGAUUACUGUCUAUUACUACUGAGAUAUUUUGGGUGUAACAAAACACUUCCCAAGAUUUCUUCAGGAGAAUAGUGGCCAAGUGAUUUUCACAGUUGCGAAUAUUAAUUGUGUCAUUUUCAGUUUGUCAUUUUUCAAAAGGAGCAAUGUUUUUGCACCAGCAAGUUAAGUUGUAGGCACGGUGGGGUGCAAGAGUGAUUGCUCUCAUGAAAAAUGAUAGCAGCUAUCUGUAGACAACAAUUGUAACAACAUUUAUUCUUAUUUAAUAUAUGGUAUGAAAAUAUGAUUUCUAUUUAGUUAACAAUAAGAGAUUGUCUUAUCUAGGACUACAUCAAGUUUUAAAAAAAAGAUUUUUUGAUGAGGUGGGAUAAGGAAUAUAGGAUAUCAUUGACAUAGUCUUAAUAAUAUUUGACUUGUUCAAGAAUAUUUGGGUUGUUGGUGUGUGGAUUUGGUGUGCGGGGGGUGGGGGUGGGGGGUUGAGGGUGGUUGUGUAAUUAAUAUUUGAGGGGCUGCUGCUCCUUCUCCCAAUUACCUGUACCUCUACCAUUGAUGAGAAACAUUUGCCAUUUAUAAAAAGUUUGUUUUGUUUAAUGACACUACUAGAGCACAAACUAGGGUUUCUAGAAUUUUUAUAAAAUUCACUAGCCAUGGGAUCAGUGAUUUUUUAAAUUUAUUAGCCAUGAUUAAAAAUUCACUAGCCCUACUUUACUUUAAGUUAAAACAUUUCUACUAAAUAAUAGCCCAAAUCAGAUGUCACCUACAGAGAGAGAGAGAGACAGACAGAGACAAAAUACUUAUAUUUACAAAAUAGAAAACCGCAAAAUUUAACAAUGUUUUUCACUAGCCAUCGGGCAUGGCAAUAGUAGUUAUUUACUAGCC